AUGCGAUUACUGGUUCUGAGACUCCACGCCUUCAUCACCGCUUUCCGUGGAGACUGGAAGGCCUUAUACCAGGUCUUUUGCUUCAAUCGGUAUGCCGACCGGGACGAGAUACGCUGGAUGUGCCGAGCUGCCAAAGGACUCACUGCUACAACAGAACCUAUGGCAUUCACAAACAUCAACCCUGACGCGGCUUACUGGGAGACGAUGUUCCGCGAUCCUCCAUGGAGCUACACGCCUGCUUACGCUGGACUAGCAGGCUUCAAGCUCCAAUAUGUGCAACCGGAUUUGCUGCAUGUGUGGCACCUUGGCACCGGCCGUGAUUUUGCGGCGAGUGUUAUCGUCUACAUCAUACGACACAAGCUGGAAUGUCGUGGUGUGUUCGCUGGUACUAACAUGAAGGAUCGACUCGAAGAUGCUACUUCCCAGCUCAAGGCCUUUGCCAGGCUUCACAAGUUACCUUUGAAGAUGCACAAGCUGAGCAAGAGCAAACUUGCUUUGAAAACGAGAUUGUCUUAUCCAGAACUGAAGAGUUCGGGGUACGACACCUACGUUGUUUUGGAGUGGAUCCAAGACCUGUGCUCUCGCCACAGUGCCGUGCUGCCUGCAGACAUUUGCACUGCUACCUGGUGCGCCUCGCACAUUAUGAGUAUGCUGCACAAAGCAGGCCGCUAUCUCACUGUCGAUGAGCAGAGGAACAAGGAAUAUUUCGGGCAGCUCUUUCUGAGAUCUUAUGUUUCCUUGGCACAUCACUGCCUACAGCAUCAUGAGCAGCUCUUCCGACUUCGUCCGAAGUUCCACAUGUUAUGUCACAUUUUUCGGAGCUCCCUGCCCAGCCGAACAAAUCCAACCCAAUACAGCACUUGGAUCGACGAGGACGGGCUUAAGCGCUUGAUGAAAGUCUUAAGAAUGACAGAUGCUCGUACGGCGCCAAAGAGGCUACUGGAACGCUACUUGCUGGGAGUCAGGAGUGCAUGGGGCCAGAAAAGCUGA